AUGUGUCAACGCACUCGAAAAUCGAGUGGUUGUUCGUCCGGGACAUGCUUGGAGGAAAAUACCGCGCAGGAUGUGGGCGUUUGUGGCAGCCACGGGCAGGCGAGGGAUGUUUUUUUCGACCAAGCUCAUCACCAACAUGAAUCAAGGAUGGUCCAGCAGCGUCACGUUCCACUCGACCGUGUUACAAGGCGAGGGGCUCCGUGCAGGCCCCAACUUCGAAGCAGGCGCGUCACGAGCCAAGGGACGGCGGCAGGCACAAGCCACCAGCGUCGUGGGAGACAUCCUCCACGGCUGAUCGAGAUUCCUUUUUCGGCUUCGUUGGUCGAGUCCCUUGACAACGAAUCAUUGCCAUCCUUGGUAUCGCCAACGAGCGACUGGGCGUCGCGAGGAGCUCCUGUUCGCCGUUGGCUCCGCAGGUUAUCUCUGUUCGCGUGUGCCAACAAUUCACUUGCCACCUUUCACAAAGGCAUUUCCGCCAUGUACCAAGCGAUACACAGCAGCGACAUGAUGCCGCCCCCGGUAUGGUCCAAGAAAGACUCAACAUCGUUAACCUUGGUCCCCAGGUAA